UCGCGCGUAAACCGUAUCCUUCAUUCAUUGUUAGCUUCCUGGAGCCAUUUUCAGCUGAAGAGGUUGCGCUCCGCUUCAACCGAACAAUCCAAACCAUCUGCUGAUAUGAAGAUAUUAUGUGCGGAGACAUGUUAACAUAUCGGUAGUUAGGACGUUCGUCUAAUGGUGGCCGUGAAUAUUGGCAACGGAAUCGCGGCGAAUAAGCAGAUAUAAAGGUCUAAACCAGGGAAGGGACAAAAGGCAUUCGAGUCCACAAAAAUGAGAAGAGGGAUAACAUCAGCCACGGAGAAAGUAAUUAUUACAGGAGUUGGUGGCUCUUCGCUCGAUAAAAACGUAGUUUUGACAGCAUUAUCCGAUCGGUUAACAUCAACUCUUCCCACUACCACGUAUAUACAUAUUAUAACCCCGCCGCCCAACAUUUCUCAAACCUCAAGUAUCUGCUUGUCUGAACCUGCAAAUGGCAAUUUGUACUCCACUCCCCACGGAGCUUCACUUGGAGCAGGACAGCGACCAACUUUAGGACGUCCACCGGCGAAGAGGCGGCUGGCGUUGGAUGAUUCGGAUCAGCUCUCUUCCACUCAGCUGGGAUCGACUCCUAAGGGCAGAGAUGGCCCCUCUCUGGCCAACGUCAGACCCUGCAAAACUCCAAAGUCUCCGGCUGAUAAGGAGAAGUCGCGGUACGACACGUCCCUGGGUCUCCUGACCAAGAAGUUCCUGCAGCUGCUGAGCCAGUCGCCAGACGGCGUGGUGGACUUGAACUGGGCCGCCGAGACGCUCAGUGUCCAGAAGAGGCGUCUCUACGACAUCACAAAUGUCCUGGAGGGCGUGCACCUCGUCAAGAAGAAGUCCAAAAACAACAUUCAGUGGAUGGGUUGCAACCUGUCGGAGGCAGGGGGCGUUGGGAACCAGCGGCAGGCCCUGAGCAGCGAGCUGGCCCGACUGCAUCAGGAGGAGCUACGGCUGGACCAGCUCAUCACCAGCUGCACCCAGGACGCCAAGCUCAUGACCGAGGCCCCCGCCAACCAGAAGCUGGCCUAUGUGACGUAUGAAGAUCUGCGGCGCUUAAGUGGUCUGAAGGAUCAGACUGUCAUCGUGGUGAAGGCGCCGCCCGACACCAAGCUCGAGGUGCCUGACCCAGAGCAGAAUUUACAGGUCCACUUGACCAGCACUAAGGGCCCCAUCGAUGUCUUCCUGUGCCCGGAGGAAAGUGAGACAGACAGCCCUAUCAAAGAUGGCGGCCAAAGUAGCGCUUCCACAACAUUCAUGAAGGUGUCAGAUGACGGUGACAAAAGGUGCUCAUCCCCAGCAGUGGCAGUGACCAACCUAUCCCCCAUCGACUCACCCUUCACCAGCCUCCUACUGCAGACGGAGGACCAGAACCCAGCUGCCUCGGACCUUUCCUUCCUCAGCCUUUCCCCCCCACUGCUCCAGGAUGACUACCUGCUUGACCCCGACGAGAUCGUUGGCAUCAGUGACCUCUUCGACACCAACAACCUGGACAAGCUGCCCCUGGACUACCUGCUGUGCAACUGACCACUCGCACCUGCAGUAGCCCCAGUCUGACAGCGGGGGGCACCAGUUGAGUCGAUAGACUCUUGCCGCCUCCUGUCCGUUUGCCAGGUCAUCAUCACUGCUGACUGCCAGUGGUGUCUCAGUUCCUAAGACCUCUUGGAAUCAAAUAUGAUAAUUACCACCCAAUGCCAAUACUAAUCAAUACCAACCAAUUAGCUCUGAAACAGGUGACCAGUGGGCACACCAUCAUGUUUAUAAGAAGACUUCAGGUCAGUGGGUGUCUCUGUUUAGCCUGUUGAGGAGCCCCAUUCAGCUGUUUAGCAGAGCCAGGAGCCGGUGCUUGUCUGAGGGAGAUAAAGGUCUGACGUUUUACAAUUAUUAUUAUUAUUAUUAAUAAUAUGGAAGUUAAUAUAAAUUAUAAAGAUAAAUUAGAAAGAUGGGAUAGUGGUGGAGUGUGUGUGUGUGUUGUGUUUUUUGAUCAAGUGAGCAGUCCUGCUUUUCCGCGUCUCUUUAUGUACAGCUACAUAUUUGCGCAUGUUUGAUUUAAGACAAAUGCAAAAAUCACGAGACCACUGGUCCUUUGUGGUCUCCGCCUGCUCGUAGCCUGGUCACACAGAAGCGGCACAGCAGGUGCACUUCAACUUUCAAAUCGGCUCUUUGGCUCCUGCAGGGACUUGCUUGCAUGCUUAACGGAAGCGCUCAAACACACUCACACAUGCUACAUGGCUAGCUUUUCCAGCGCGGAUGACCUGUGUUUAAGGUGAACACUCAGCUGGGUGUUUUUGCAGCUAUGGUGCCUUAACCCCUCUGGAGUUCAGGACCAGCAGGACCCCCCCCCCCCCCCCCCCCCCCCCUCACCCCCUCAAACGCACACACUCACAGAUUAAUAUGUUUACCUGUGUUGCUAGGUAGCGUUGCCAAGAUGCACCCAUGGGUGGGCCAGGAGUGCUCCCUUUCUGUGUGUGUGUGUGUGUGUGUGUGUGUGUGUGGUAUAUUGAAAUUGGCUCUUGUCUGAUGUUUUCUAUGUGAAACGGUUGUUUAAAGAAACAUUUUAUUGUCUGAAAGCGAGAUGCUUUGUAAAGGUUUGAUACAAAUGAAAAAAGAAAAAAAAAGCAAUAUUGAAGUAUGUGAUUACAUACUCAUGCCUUGUUCACAUGUGUACAUGUUGCAUCAAGAGGACCGACAUCAUGAGUCAUGGAAUAAUCUCAUGUCAAGCUCCGUGUUGAGCAGUUCAUAAACGGCUCAGUCAAGAUAUGUCUUAACCCCACGAUGGAAAUGUUGUGCCCUCUCAACUCUUCAUUACCCGCCGCCUUUCAAAAUGGCUGGACCUCAUAUUAGGGCGGAGAAUGAUUUCCUGGAAUGAUUUUACUUAAAUGCACUUUAUACUGCUUUUGGUCCCAGCAAGGAACUGUACCUGUUUAACCACAUGGCCAUAGGAGGAAUGCAGGACGACUUCCCUUGCAGGCUCAUUUUCUGUCUUUUAUGAAGAAACAUUUGAAAGGGAUUCCCUCAAGACAGAGGGAUUUCGAAAUAUUUGAACUUGCAUAAUGCUUGUCCAUUCUGUCAUCUUAGAAUUUAUUUAUGUACCAUAAAUAAGUAAUUUUCUAAUAUAUCUGUCAUUUGAAAUAUACUGCUUUGUCUAAAUGAAAGUGUGUGUGUGUGUGUGUGCAUACUGUAUGUAUGUGUGUUGACGAUUGUGUCUCUUGAAAGCUUUGCUUAUAUGCUCAGUAAAUAAACUAAGCACCAAGUUGAAGUUA